AUGCCCCUCUCGUGUCCGCGUCCCAUCCGUCUCCACCCCGUGACGAAUGGCGCCGGAUCGGGUCACCGCGAGGAGGAAGAGGAGGAGGAGGAAGACGACGAAGAUAUCGUCGAGGAGGAGCUCGACCACCACGACGCAGAUCACCCUCACCACUCCGCCAGCAGCCAUUCUUCGCCCCGUGUCCAUGCCGCUCAGACUCAAUCGCGCUCGACGGGUGCGCCCGCGGCUGCUGCCCCUGCGGAUUACCACAGGCAACCCCCUCCCCCGCCAGAUCAUUCUCAGCCAUCCAACACUGACGACGGCGGUGAGAAACGUAAACCUGGCCGUCCGAGGGGCUCCAAGAAUCGCAAGCCUCGAGUAUCUUCUGGCAGCGCGACGAAACCACCACCUUCAAAUGUCGCCCACCCCGGCUUCUACCAAUACCCUCCUGCCCCUCCCGCCACCGUUGCGCAGAACCAGCAAUUUUACGAGUUCCAAUGGCGUGCCUUGAACCUGUGCUCGGAGUUCUACAACGCCGCAGAGGAGCUAGUCAAAGCUGCAUCCCCUAUGGUCAUCGCCCAGUGCUACCAGAACGGUCCUGCGACGAAGAUAGACCCGCUGUUGAUGAUCGCUGACGCAAAACGUGUCUGUGACAACCUUCUCGCAAAUCCCAGCCAACUGGUAGGGCAACCUGUUCCGCCAGCAUAUCCCGCCUACACUAUGCCGCCUCCCCAGACCCAGGCGCCAGCUAGUAGUUCCGCUCAGCCUCCCAGUGCUGUGAUCACGAACCCUCAGACGUUUGUGAUGCCACUCAACUCGUCUGCCAUGCCACCGCCUUCUCAGCCGUACUACGCGCCCGUAUACACCGCUCCACCCGGUUCGCGCUAUCCCACCACACCUUAUUACUACCCUCCCCCGCAGGGUGCUGCGCCCUAUUACCCGCCGCCGGCCCAGCCAGCAGCUUCUGCGAGCGCUCCGCCAGCGCAGUCGUCCCCGCCGCCCCCAGCGACAUCUCAACCGGUCGCUCAAGUGACGCCGCCUACCCCAUCCGCGCCUGUGCCCUCGAACACUGGCACAAUAUCAACAUUCAGUGCUGCCACCGGCAACACGGCCCCGGGCGGCCAUCAGGGUACAUGGUCCGAAGAAGAGACAGACCGGCUGAAGCGCCUAGCGGAGCAGAGUAAGGAGAUGGGUGGCGCCCAGAACAAGGGCGAGAUUGAGUGGGAUUGGGUGAUCACCCAGUGGGGCAACAGCAGAACCAGGCAUCAAAUCCUUCUGAAAGCCACUUCAUUGGGGCUGAAGGAAAGCACCACGCGCGGUACGAAGCGUCGUCGAGAAGCUGAGCCGGCGUCGGAGGCCGCAGGACCACCCCCACCACCGCCCCCUGCGCAACAGCAGCAGCGACAUCAACCACAGUCGCACCCACCGCAGUCUCAUGCACCUCAACCACAGCAGCAGCUCCAGUCGCAGCCUCAGCAACAGCAGCAGCAGCCCCAGCAGCAACAACAGCAACAUCAUGUACACCAGCACCAACACCAGCAGCCUCCGCCGCCGCCGAAUCCUUCUAGUAUCGUGUCGCCUACACGCAGCCCUAUAACCUCUACGCCGACCUCCAUCAAUGCAUCCCCGGCCAUGCAGCCGCAACGACCACCUUCUUCCGCCACGCCAGGUACCAGCGUGAUCACCCCCGCUCGUAGUACAACCGCUACUACGCCGUCGACUUCGUCACUACCAUGGCCGAUGCCCACUGUCGCUGUCAAUACCCCCUCGCCUGUGAUGGCGAACGCGACGACCGACUCCCGGAACAACAGCUACUACCGGCCACGACCCACACAGACUACCUCUUACGGGGCUGCCGCUGCGGCCGCGUCGACAGCACCGCGACCGCCAUCGUCGCACGGCCAGCCGCCCACCCACCACCAAUACAUGUACCAGACCAACGGAUCAGGAAACCGACGAGAUUCGCGCCUGUUGUGUACGCUGGGGCGUGGGCAGCUUAAGCAUCUGACUCGGAACUCCUGUUUGGGCGUGCGAGCGUUGGAGGCGCCCCUUGCAAGCGCCGGUGCUUUUCGGAUUCGAACCGGUUCGGCGCUCUUCUCGCAACCACAUCGCAAGUACUCCCCGAUGUCCUCAUUAAGCGCGAUGAAUCACGUCGGCCCAUCGUCGUCCAACACACAAGUGGGGACCGACCCAAACGUGAACCACGCGCAUUCGCCCACGAUGCAAUUGAUGAGCCAACCGCCCGCAAACCACACGGUUCAGGCAGCUCCCAAGCUGCCUGUGGCGCGAGACGGACUGACGGGCGCGGUCUUGCAGUCCGACCCCAACGCGGGCCCGUACGUCUCCGUGCACAGGUUCAGGCUCUCCGCUGGCCCCGACGGGUACACGCACCACCAUGUCAUGCCGUUCGUGCAGGGCCCGCCGCCGCCGGGCGGCGAGCUGAUGUACGCGGAGGACCCGUCGUCAGCGCAGGAGGCGGGGGUACCGGAGGAAGAGGAGGAGGGCUCCCCGCCGUCCUCUGCGAUGAACGGUGGCGCGGACAUCUUUGGGAAACGAAAGCAGCCGGACUCUGGCAUGAGCGAAGGGAGCUUGAGGAAACGCCGCCAGCGCGUGCCGAAUGGGGGCGACCUUGACGGCGACGGGGAUAUGCACGACUUGGAUGUGGGUCCGAACGGCGGGCCUAAGCACUGGACAGAAGGCGAGAAGACGAAGUUCUUCACGUGGAUGUUGACUAGCGACGACCACUGGGACGCGUUCCGCACGCGCAUGAAUACGGUAUUUCGCGAGUGUUCGAGCGAGCUCUUCCCGGGAAGGAAGUCGUACACAGCACUGAAAAGCUGCUUCCACCGUAAUCUGGAGGUCUUCAAGCAGGUCCACGCGUUCCAGAUGUUUUCUGCGAACCACUUUCGCCAGAUGCAGGCGGAGAACCCGAACGCACAGCAACCUUCUGUUGAUUCGGUACUGGACGCUGCGCGAGUCGCAGGCUUGAACGUCGGUACCCUAAAUGUGAAGGUCAUCGAUCGGUGGUAUGAGACCGGUUGGUACGAGUUGUUCAGGAAAAGGUACCGCGAGGACCCAAAGACAGGUUUACCCGUCCCAUUCUACGGACCCACCGAACCCUCAGAAGCAAGUUCGUCGACCGCCCCGCCAGUGCACCCUAUGAUGGGUCUGAAUGCGCACGCGAAUAUCGACCCCCACAUUCUAGCGCAAACCGCGCCCCCUCACGGUACAGAGAAUGGCGCCUCGACACAGGCCGCUUCUCCCGAGCCUCUUCAACUGCCGACACCCCUUCAGACCGACUCGUACGGGUACUCGUCGUCGCUGCCACAGCCGUCAGAGUACCGCCCGCUAGGACCGAGCGCUUCCUUUCCCCCACCAUCCUCAACAUACCUACGUUCCUCACAAUCUAGUGCACCCCGCGCGUCGCUCCCUCCCGCUCCUGCACAAAGCCCUGCUCGUUCACAUACCGUGGAAUUUUCACGCACACUAAGCGACAUUCCCCGGCCAAUGCCACAUCCCGAGCAUAAUCCCCAGGUGGCUCAAGCCUUCAACCAGCUCAGCGCCGUCACCGGAUCCCUUCUUGGGGUAUGCUCUUCGCUGAAGGAGCUCAUCCAGCAGCAGGCCGAGGAGAGCCGGGCGCGAACGGAGCUGAUGCGGGCGGAGGCCGCACAGCGGCUACAGCAUACCGGCUCGUCGGAUGAUAAGGAGAAGGGAGCGGAGAUUUCUAUGGAAAAAGUGACGUUCGCGACGGAGAUCUUGAAAAAUGGGCCGGACAACGAGGACAUCAAGAGGGCGGCGAUCGAGUGCUUAACGAAAUACCUCACGCGCGGACUGUGA